UCUAUCUGAUUCUAUCUAUCCAUACGUUUUUUUUUCCUUUCUGUCUAGUUUUUCUUCUUCCUCGUUCGCAGACAGAGAAGAGUCGGGUUAGGGUUUUAGUGGGUCUUGGGUUUUAGUUUGUGAAGGUUAAGAAUGCAACAGACACCACAGCCACAGAUGUUGAACCCUUCACUCAACAUUACUACUGAGCAGAUUCAAAAGUACUUGGACGAGAAUAAGCAGUUAAUUAUGGCUAUACUGGAGAACCAAAAUAUGGGAAAGUUUGCUGAAUGUGCCUCUUAUCAAGCUCAGCUACAGCAGAACCUGAUGUACCUAGCUAGAAUAGCUGAUGCCCAACCACAAGGGACAACAAUGCCUUCUCAGACAUCCCCUCAGUCCACAAUGCAACAAGAGCAUUACAUUCAACCAUCUCAAGUUGCAAUGUCUCAGCAACCAAUAUAUUUCACUCCGAAACUACCUUUCCAGAUCAAUGAUCAGCAGCAGCUGCCACUUCACCUCCAGCAGCAGCACCACCUCCAUCAGCAGCACCUCGCACAGCGGCAGAUGAGAGAUGCCCAGCAUGAAUGAUGGAGGUAUGGACGUAUGAAAGCAGACGAUACCAACUCAUAUGGCCAUCUUUGGCCAUUUUUCUUGAAUGUUUAUAGUUUUGAAGGACUUCCAAGUGCACUGGUACAUCUCUGAAGGCUAGUUGUAUCUGUACAUGGGAAAAAGCAGCUUCUUUUUGCCCCUCAUCUCCAAGCAUAAUCUCACUGGAGAAAUGCUUAAGCUGCUAUAUUGUAAGCAACAAAACCUCAAUAUCGUUAUCUUCUAUAGUGUAUCCCUUGUCCAGAGAUUUUGCAAGUCUAAGCUUGGUCUCCUUCCUAUUUUUCUGGACAAGGUAUUCUAUCAUUCUCUUUGCCA